AUGAGACGGCGACGCUUCCGUUUCACCUGGAUCGCUCGCACGUCUCACGGACAACAAAACACAGUCCCACUGCACCGCUCGCGCACUGACGCCUCGCGUACUCCUUCCGACCCGUCACCGUUCCCGUUCACGGGGCGUUGGAAUGUCUGUGCGAGGAUUUCCGAUUCGAAAGACACGAAAGAAAGAAGAGAGAAGGGGGAAAAGAGGCAAGAGAGGAAAGCGGAGAAGGAUUCGUGGAAUACAAUGAAUUUGGAGGGAAUAAGCGAGAACGGCGAAGGGCCGAGCGGCGCCCUCUAG